CGGGGGCCGGGGCAGCGCGCGCCGCGGCUGGCUCGCGGCAUCCGGAGGGCAGUUCCGCGGGGCGCGCACAGCCUCGCCGGGCCUGGGCCCUCCCCCGGGGUGCCGCCGCGCAGAAGGUGGAAAUGCGGAAGUUUCCAGCGCCCGCGGACACAUGAGGCUGGAGCCCGGCUCGGCGCGCGCUGCAGCGGCCCCGGGAGCCGGCGGGCUGCGGGCGGGCCAUGGCCACGCUGCCCAGCGCCGAGCGCCGCGCCUUCGCGCUCAAGAUCCACAGAUCACUGCAUGAUCUCUGAAGUCAUUCUUCUGGGAUUAAAGCAAGUGCGCGUUUCUCCUUUUUCUUUGGCUUCUUCUACAGAACUAAAGGUGGAGGUAUUCAUCAGCAGAAAUAAGGAAACAAUUUACGCUGCCGCCAAACCUCGGCCAGUAUCAUCGACACAGCAUUAAUACCUCUGGCUUCCCCUCUCUUCAGCUACCUCAGUUUUAUGACCCGGUGGAGCCCGUGGACAUUGAAGGACUGCUGAUGACACACCUGAACAGCCUGGAUGUGGAGCUCACUCAGGAACUGGGAGGUCUCACUGAAGACGACUUGGUCGUGGUCUUUACACCAAAGGAAUGUCGGACUUUGCAGCCCUCUUUGCCAGAGGAAGGGGUUGAACUGGACCCUCAUGUCAGGGACUGUGUUCAGACCUAUACUCGUGAGUGGCUAAUUGUGAACCAGAAAAAUCAAGGAAGCUCGGAGGUUUGCGGUUUUAAAAAGACUGGAUCCCGAAAAGAUUUUCACAAGACGCUUCAGAAACAGACCUUUGAGUCGGAAAUCUUGGAGUGCAGUGAACCCAGCGCUCAGGCAGGCCCCCGCCACGUCAGCGUGCUGUGUGAUGUGUCUGGGAAGGGGCCCCUCACGGCCUGUGGCUUCGACCUGCGCAGUCUGAAGCCCGAUCAGCGGCUGGAAAACCUCCUACAGCGCGUGAGCUCCGAGGACUUUGAGAAGCAGAAUGAGGAGGCCCGGAGGACCAAUCGGCCAGCUGAGCUCUUUGCCCUUUAUCCAUCCGUGGACGAGGAAGAUGCUGUGGAAAUACGUCCGGUACCAGAAUGUCCUAAGGAACAUUUGGGCAAUAGGAUAUUGGUCAAGGUGCAGACCCUGAAGUUUGAGAUUGAAAUUGAGCCUCUGUUUGCCAGCAUUGCUCUCUAUGAUGUUAAAGAAAGAAAAAAGAUCUCAGAAAAUUUCCACUGUGACCUGAACUCAGAUCAGUUCAAAGGAUUCCUGCGUGCUCACACACCCUCCGUUGCUGCAUCGAGUCAGGCGAGAUCCGCAGUGUUCUCUGUCACCUUCCCAUCCCCGGACAUCUACCUAGUCAUUAAGAUUGAAAAAGUCCUCCAACAGGGAGAGAUUGGAGACUGUGCAGAGCCCUAUAUGGUUAUCAAAGAAAGUGAUGGUGGAAAGAGUAAAGAAAAGGUUGAAAAACUGAAGCUUCAAGCCGAAUCCUUUUGCCAACGUUUGGGAAAAUACAGGAUGCCUUUUGCCUGGGCUCCCAUAAGCUUAGCAAGCUUCUUUAAUGUCUCCACCCUGGAGAGGGAGGCAGCGGAUGCAGAGUCCACAUUUGGGAGAAACUCUGCGGGUGACCGGAGGCCACUGAGCCAGACUCGGAAGCUUUGCGAGAGAGCUCUCUCCUUGGAGGAGAACGGGCUCAGCUCCAGCUACAAGACCACCACCAUGACCCUCAACAGCUUUUUCAAGCAGGAGGGAGACCGCCUCAGUGAUGAAGACUUGUUUAAGUUCCUAGCCGACUACAAAAGGUCCUCGUCCUUGCAGAGAAGGGUCAAGUCUAUCCCAGGCUCUCUCAGGCUGGAGAUUUCCCUGGCUCCAGACACCCUCAGCUGCUGUCUGACUCCUGAAAUGCUGCCAGUGAGACCCUUUCCUGAAAAUCGGGCGCGGCCUCACAAAGAGAUUUUGGAAUUUCCCAUCCGGGAGGUGUAUGUGCCUCACACUGUGUAUAGAAAUCUUCUCUAUGUCUACCCACAAAGGCUGAACUUUGCUAACAAACUAGCAUCUGCCCGAAACAUUACAAUCAAGAUCCAGUUUAUGUGUGGAGAGGAUGCUAGCAGCGCAAUGCCGGUCAUCUUUGGAAAAUCCAGUGGGCCUGAAUUUCUGCAAGAAGUGUACACAGCUGUUACGUACCAUAAUAAGUCCCCGGACUUUUAUGAAGAAGUGAAAAUCAAGCUCCCUGCAAAGCUCACCGUGAACCACCACCUCCUGUUCACCUUCUAUCAUAUCAGCUGUCAGCAAAAGCAAGGCGCCUCGGUGGAGAGUCUCCUGGGAUAUUCUUGGCUGCCAAUUCUCUUAAAUGAACGUCUUCAAACUGGAUCCUACUGCCUCCCAGUUGCCCUGGAAAAGCUGCCAGUCAACUAUUCCAUGCAUUCUGCAGAGAAAGUCCCUUUACAGAACCCUCCAGUUAAGUGGGCUGAAGGACAUAAGGGAGUAUUUAAUAUUGAAGUACAAGCUGUUUCUUCUGUUCACACCCAGGACAACCACCUGGAGAAGUUCUUCACCCUCUGCCACUCGCUGGAGAGCCAGGUCACCUUCCCCAUCCGCGUGCUGGAUCAGAAGAUCAGUGAGACAGCCCUGGAGCACGAAUUGAAGCUCAGCAUCAUCUGCCUCAACUCCUCCCGCCUGGAGCCCCUCGUGCUCUUCCUGCACCUUGUGCUGGACAAGCUCUUCCAGCUGGCCGUGCAGCCCAUGGUCAUCGCCGGCCAGACAGCCAACUUCUCGCAGUUUGCCUUUGAGUCCGUGGUGGCGAUCGCCAACAGCCUGCACAACAGCAAGGACCUGAGCAAGGACCAGCACGGGCGGAACUGUCUGCUGUCCUCCUACGUGCAUUACGUCUUCCGCCUGCCAGAGCUGCACCGGGACCCGCCCAAGACAGGAGGCCCCACGGCUUCGCCUGACCCGCGCUACCACACCUACGGGCGCACGACUGCGGCGGCCGUCAGCUCCAAGCUGCUGCAAGCCCGGGUGAUGAGCAGCAGCAACCCCGACCUGGUGGCCACGCACUCUGCAGCCGACGAGGAGGUAAAGAGCAUCAUGUCCGCCAAGGUGGCUGAUAGAAACUGCAACCGGAUGUCUUACUACUCCUCUGGCAAUAAUGAAGUUCCCAGUUCCAGUGCAGUCCCAAGACCAGUCAGCAAAAAGCACUUCCACGAGGAGCUGGCCCUGCAGAUGGUGGUGAGCACAGGAAUGGUGAGAGAAACCGUCUUCAAGUAUGCCUGGUUCUUCUUUGAGCUGCUGGUGAAAAGCAUGGCCCAGUAUGUACAUAACAUGGACAAACAGGACAGUUUUCGGAGGACGCGAUUCUCUGACCGCUUCAAAGACGACAUCACCACCAUUGUUAACGUGGUCACCUCGGAGAUCGCUGCCCUUUUAGUCAAACCUCAGAAGGAAAGUGAACAGGCAGAAAAGAUGAACAUCAGCCUGGCUUUCUUCUUGUAUGACCUUCUCUCCCUCAUGGACCGGUGCUUUGUGUUCAACCUCAUCAAGCAUUAUUGCAAUCAGUUGUCAGCCAAGCUCAACAGCCUUCCAACACUCAUUUCCAUGAGGCUGGAGUUCCUGAGAAUCCUCUGCAGCCACGAGCAUUAUCUCCAUCUAAACCUCUUCUUUAUGAAUGCGGAUGCUGCCCCAGCGUCUCCCUGCCCCUCCAUAUCGUCUCAGAACUCCAGCUCCUGCUCCAGUUUCCAGGACCAGAAGAUCGCCAGCAUGUUCGACCUGACGCCUGAGUACCGCCAGCAGCACUUUCUCACCGGGCUGCUCUUCACCGAGCUGGCCGCUGCGCUGGACACAGAGGGGGAUGGGAUCAGCAGAGUGCAGAGGAAAGCGGUCAGCGCCAUCCACAGCCUGCUCAGUUCCCACGAUCUGGAUCCGCGCUAUGUCAAACCAGAGGUGAAGGUCAAAAUCGCAGCUCUUUACCUGCCUCUGGUUGGCAUCAUUUUGGAUGCUUUGCCGCAACUGUAUGAUUUUACAGCAGCAGAUACCCGUGGUGGUAAAAACCGUGCCAGUGGCUCAGAGGAAGAACAAGAAGGAAGCAAUGCAAUAAACCAGAACGUGGCUCUGGCCAUAGCCGGCAAUCACUUUAAUCUGAAAACAGGUGGACUCACCCUGUCUUCCUUGCCCUACAAGCAGUACAACAUGCUCAACGCAGACACCACCCGCAACCUCAUGGUUUGCUUCCUCUGGAUCAUGAAAAACGCGGACCAGAGCCUCAUCAGGCGGUGGAUCGCCGACCUGCCUUCCAUGCAGCUCAACAGGAUCUUAGACUUGCUCUUCAUUUGCGUCUCGUGUUUUGAGUACAAAGGGAAGCAGAGUUCUGACAAGGUCAGUACCCAGGUGCUGCAGAAGUCUCGGGACGCCAAGGCCCGGCUGGAGGAGGCCUUGCUGCGCGGGGAAGGAGCGCGUGGGGAGAUGAUGCGACGGCGGAUCGUAGCGAAUGACCGAUUUCAAGGACUAAAUGAAAAUUUGAGAUGGAAGAAAGAGCAGACACAAUGGCGGCAAGCUAACGAGAAGCUAGAUAAAACAAAGGCAGAGUUAGAUCAAGAAGCCUUGAUCAGUGGUAAUCUGGCCACAGAAGCGAAUUUAAUCAUUCUGGAUAUGCAGGAAAACAUAAUCCAGGCCAGCUCUGCUCUGGACUGCAAGGACAGCCUGCUGGGAGGUGUGCUCAGGGUUCUGGUGAAUUCUCUGAGCUGCGAUCAGAGCACCACCUACCUGACUCACUGCUUUGCGACACUCCGUGCUCUCAUUGCCAAGUUCGGAGACCUGCUGUUUGAGGAGGAAGUGGAGCAGUGUGCCGACCUGUGCCAGCGAGUCCUGCAGCACUGCAGCAGCAGCAUGGACGUGACCCGGGGCCAAGCCUGCGCCACCCUCUACCUCCUCAUGAGGUUUAGCUUCGGAGCUACCAGUAACUUUGCAAGAGUAAAGAUGCAAGUGACCAUGUCUUUGGCAUCGUUAGUGGGCAAAGCACCAGACUUUAAUGAGGAGCAUCUGAGAAGGUCCUUGCGGACGAUUUUGGCGUAUGCAGAGGAGGACACGGCCAUGCAGCCCACGCCUUUCCCUGUCCAGGUGGAGGAACUUCUCUGCAAUCUAAAUAGCAUCUUAUAUGAUACGGUGAAAAUGAGGGAAUUUCAGGAAGAUCCUGAGAUGCUUAUGGACCUCAUGUACAGAAUCGCCAAGAGUUACCAGACAUCACCCGACCUGCGACUGACCUGGCUUCAAAACAUGGCAGAGAAACACACCAAGAAAAAGUGCUACACGGAGGCCGCCAUGUGCCUGGUGCACGCAGCUGCCUUGGUGGCCGAGUAUCUGAGCAUGCUGGAGGACCACAGCUACCUGCCCGUGGGCAGUGUCAGCUUCCAGAAUAUCUCUUCCAACGUGCUGGAAGAGUCUGCGGUCUCUGACGACACCCUGUCUCCUGACGAGGACGGUGUGUGCUCAGGCCGCUACUUCACUGAGAGCGGCCUGGUGGGCCUCCUGGAGCAGGCGGCUGAGCUCUUCAACACGGGAGGAUUGUAUGAGACGGUUAAUGAGGUCUAUAAGCUGGUUAUCCCCAUCCUCGAAGCGCAUCGAGAUUUCCGGAAGCUCACCUCCACUCAUGACAAGCUGCAGAAGGCCUUUGACAGCAUCAUCAGCAAGGGCCAUAAAAGAAUGUUUGGAACUUAUUUCCGAGUUGGUUUCUAUGGAUCCAAAUUUGGGGAUUUGGAUGAACAAGAAUUUGUUUACAAAGAACCGGCGAUUACCAAGCUUCCAGAGAUCUCUCACAGACUAGAGGGAUUUUAUGGACAGUGUUUUGGUACUGAAUUUGUAGAAGUAAUAAAAGACUCAGCUCCUGUGGACAAAACCAAGUUGGAUCCUAAUAAGGCCUACAUACAAAUCACAUUUGUGGAGCCCUACUUUGACGAGUAUGAGAUGAAAGACCGGGUGACCUACUUUGAGAAGAAUUUCAACCUGCGGAGGUUCAUGUACACCACCCCGUUCACCCUGGAGGGGCGGCCGCGGGGGGAGCUGCAUGAGCAGUACCGGCGGAACUCGGUGCUCACCACCAUGCACGCCUUCCCCUACAUCAAGACCAGGAUCCGCGUGGUCCAGAAGGAGGAGUUUGUUUUGACACCAAUCGAAGUGGCCAUUGAAGAUAUGAAGAAGAAGACCCUGCAGUUAGCAGUUGCCAUUAACCAAGAGCCUCCUGAUGCCAAGAUGCUCCAGAUGGUGCUGCAGGGUUCUGUGGGAGCUACUGUCAACCAGGGACCACUGGAAGUAGCCCAAGUAUUCUUGGCUGAAAUUCCAGCUGACCCAAAACUUUAUCGGCAUCACAACAAGUUGAGAUUGUGCUUUAAGGAAUUCAUUAUGAGAUGCGGGGAGGCCGUAGAGAAAAACAAGCGGCUCAUCACGGCUGACCAGCGGGAGUAUCAGCAGGAACUCAAGAAGAACUACAACAAGCUGAAAGAGAACCUCAGGCCCAUGAUCGAGAGGAAGAUUCCAGAACUCUACAAGCCCAUAUUCAGAGUUGAGAGUCAAAAGAGAGACUCCUUCCACAGGUCGAGUUUUAGGAAAUGUGAAACUCAGUUGUCACAGAGCAGCAGCUAAGCAGAAACUCUCCCCGCUCCUGGUGACUGCAGCCCCCAACCCUGGAGGAGGCCUCGCUGGCACUGGCAGCAGAAGACUCUGGCCCCCCUCGGCCACCCUGGGGCUCCCUGGCAGACAGCACUCCUGAUGCUUUGGGAUCCAAAGGACCACGGGAAUCACACCCAAGUGGGGUCUAGUCAGAUUUGGGUGGGUCAGAUUUGGGGGAUGACUCACAAGGGAUGCCUGUAUAUUUAUUGAAGCACAUUUUUUCAUAAUAUUUUCCAAGACAUAAAGGGUUCUACUGGGGAAUCCACAUUCCCCUAUUUACCCUAGAGAUGACUUCGUCCAGUCCAGAUUUGACUUCAAGGAUAAAGCCAUAUGGAAAAUAGAACCCAUUGCACUUAGGGGAAAAUAGGGGAAUGUGGAGGCAUACAUGGAGGUAAGGGGGAGGGGUGGCUAGAGCAGGGGAAAGGGAACAUUGACCAGAAAUCUAACAUUCAGGAGGGCUGGACCUUUGAAGACAGGUUAUUUUUGUGUUUUGGGGGGGUUGUUUAGGGUUUUUUUUUGGGGGGGAGUUUUGUUUUGCUUUUUGAGUCACACCCUGCGAUGCACAGGGGUUACUCCUGGCUCAUGCACUCAGGAAUUACUCCAGGGGGUGCUCAGGAGACCAUAUGGGAUGCUGGGACUCAAACCAGCAUCCCAUAUCUGGCCAACCAGCAUCCCAUAUCUGGCCAACCAAGGUCGGCCGCGUGCAAGGCAAAUGCCCUACCCGCUGUGCUAUCACUCCAGCCCCGACAGGUUAUUUUUGAACACAUUACUGUUUUGAGCUGACUGCUUGAUUAUUGCUAUUAUAUUCAUUUAGCAAGCUGGGUUUAGAGGCACAAGCACCAAUUGAGGAAAUACUGGUACUCCGAGCAAUCAGCUGGCUUGGAUGCUGCAUUUGAACACGUGGCACUGGCUCUAUUAGUGUGUCCCACUUGAGUGUGGCUUAUUGAUCACCACUUGCAGCAUCAACAGUUGGAAAUGGAAUCAAUUCCUCUAUCAUGCUUUGCACUUUUUGGUGGGGGGGGGGUGGGGAGGGCAGAGCCACACCUGGCGGUGCUUAGGGCUUAUUCCUGGCUCUGCAAUCAGGGAUCAUUCCUGGUGGGGCUCAGGGGACCAAAUGGGGUGCUAGGAAUCAAGCCCCGGGUUGGCUGUGGCUAUUGCAAGGCAAGUGCCCUACCCACUGCACUGUACUCUGGUCCCUGUGUGUGUUUUCCUUAUGUUCAUUUUGUUCUCUUGCUCUUUGGGGCCAUCUUUAUUUCUGUAAAAAGAUAAUGUUUCAGAGCAUUGUGCUGUCCAUCAACCUAUGUACAUUAGUUUCUAUCUUACCCCCAAAUUAUUUUGACAAUGUAUUUUAGAAAAUUAGCAAAAAUAAUUGAGAAUUAAAUUAUCUAUUUUUAAUAUGACUACCUUGACUGGUACUAAAAAUGAUAUUCUAAACAAACUACUUCUUUUACAACUAGUUUUUUUUCAAGUAGUAUUUUAAAACAACUGUUAACAUUUGGGGAGGGUAGGUUGGAACACAUCUGGUGGUACUGAGGGCUCACUCCUGGCUCUGCUCAGGGGUCAUUUUUGGCAGUGCUCGGUGGACCUUGUGGGGUGCUGACAAUUCAACUGGGGUCUACAGCAUACAAGGGAAGCACCUUAUCCUUGUACCAUCUUGAUGAUGAUGACCCAACUCUUAAUAUUUUGUAAAGCUCUUCAGAGAAGAAUGUCACAUAAUCAAUGGGCUUGGUUCAAACAGUGCUCUCUGGGGUCAUGCCUCAUAUGUAAUAUUUCAUCCUGAGAAAGAAUUUAAUUUUUAUAUUCUAUAAUUUUUGUUUAAAACAUCAUGAAUUAAAACUCUGAAUGGGGCUUUAUUAUCAGUAAUAUUACUAGAGCUUAAAUUUAAAUGGCUAGUUUUUUUGGUUUUUAGGCAUUUGAGGCAAAACUCUUUUGAAAUUAUAUAUAUAUAUAUUUCAUUGCUUUCUUACAUGAUUACAUGUGACCAUGUUUAAUUACAUCUGCUCUUUUGCUCCUCUGUAGGAGGUAUAGGGUGAGGGCAAAGUGAAUAGACUUUUGUUAGUAGCCUCCAAAGUGAGUUCAGUGAGGAAGAGCAUCUAUUUUUCUGAUACAACCAACCAAAAUAAGCCCAGUGAAAUUUAAUUUAUUUGAGUGACAAGGAUGGCCAUCAUUAUAACACCUGCUCAGUCCCAUAGAGCUUCAACUCCAAAGUUGAAGAACCCUUAUCAUCAUACUGCUCUAAGAAAUUCUUAAUUUGCCACCCCUGCUUUUAGAUGUCUGAGGUCAUUUUUUUAAGUCUCCCCGGUGGCACCAACACAGGAAUAUCCUUAAACAUUUGGGGAAUGGCUGCAUGAGUGACUGUAACUAAGCGUGUUUCUAGAAUAGCACUGUUGAAUAGAAACACAGGUAAUUUUUUUAUAUUCACCCCUUUGAAAUCGAGAUUCACCCUUAAAUAGACCAAACUCACCAUUUCAAAAUCACCCUCCUGAAAAUCAAAUGCACCCUUCUUAAAAGCAAAUUUUAAGGCACUGUGAUUUACAAAGUUAUUCAUGAUUGAGUUGAAUUUCAUACAAUAUUUGAACACUAAUAACCAGUGUUAACUUUCCUCCACCAGUGUCCCCAGUUACCCACCCUCCACUUGUCUCUAUGAUCUGAAAAAAAAUUCAGGCACUAUGGUUGAUAAUUUUUAAUUUUCUUAUAAUCAUGGCAAAAAGUAACAGGUGAAAUUAAUUGUAGUAAUGUUUUAUUUAACCCAAUAUAUGUAAAAUACCAUUUAAAUAUAUAAUCAGUAUAGAAAAUUAUUAAGCUUUUUUAUUUUUCAUAUUUGUAAAAUGCACACAAUGAAUUUUUCAAAGACAAAAUAUGUAUUUUGUGUAUUUUACACUAGCAA